CCAUCAUUGCAUGUUACUUGCAUCUUCUUGUGUUUGAGCAGGUGCUAACCUCAAAUUCAGAAAUGUCUUUUUUGGGAACGUGUGAGUCCACCGGGUGUGAUGCCCCCGCGAAAUUGCAGUGCCCCACUUGCCUGAAGUUGGGCAUCCAAGGAUCCUUUUUCUGCUCCCAGGAGUGCUUCAAAAGCAAUUGGAAGUCGCACAAAAUCAUUCACACUUUAGCUAAGGGUGAAGGAAAUGAAGGCAAGAAGGAUUCUGACUAUAAUCCAUGGCCUCAAUAUUCAUACACUGGUAAGCUAAGACCAGGUCAGCUAUCUACUAAGAGACAGGUGCCAGAAAAGAUUGGCAGGCCAGACUAUGCUGACCAUCCUUUGGGUUAUCCUUUAUCAGAGCAGGCUGUAAAGGGGUCCAGUCAGAUCAAAGUAUUAGAUGAUGAAGAGAUUGAAGGUAUGAGAGUGGCUUGCAAGUUGGGAAGGGAAGUUCUGGAUGAAGCAGCUAGAGUUUGUGAUGUUGGUGUCACAACUGAUGAGAUUGAUAGAGUUGUUCAUGAAGCUUGCAUUGAAAGAGAUUGCUAUCCAUCUCCACUGAAUUACUAUGAGUUUCCAAAAUCUUGCUGCACUUCAGUCAAUGAGGUAAUUUGUCAUGGAAUUCCGGACAUGAGAGCGUUGAACGAUGGGGACUUGUGUAACGUAGACAUUACCGUUUAUCACAACGGAUUCCAUGGAGAUCUGAACGAGACGUUCUUUGUUGGAAACGUCAGCGAUAAACAUAAGGAUUUGGUCAAAGUUACUUAUGAAUGCUUAAGUAAAGCUAUCAGUUUGGUCAAGCCUGGAGAAAAGUACAGGGAAAUUGGAAAUGUCAUCCAGAAGCAUGCCCAGGCCAAUGGGUAUUCGGUUGUGAGAAGCUACUGCGGCCAUGGAAUACAUCGUUUAUUCCACACCGCUCCAAAUGUACCGCAUUAUGCCAAAAACCGAGCCAUCGGAGUUAUGAAGGCAGGCCAUUGUUUCACCAUCGAACCAAUGAUAUCCGUGGGAACAUGGCGCGAUGAGACAUGGCCAGACAAGUGGACAGCUGUGACGGCAGAUGGUUUGUGGUCUGCACAAUUCGAACAGACUUUACUUGUUACAGAUACUGGAUGCGAAAUUAUGACCAGACGUAGGAACGAAACCGGAUUGCCGCAUUUCACUGAUAAAAUGUAAUUGGAUCCGACGAAGAAAUAAAACAUCAUCAAUAUUUAUCUGUAAUGUAUAUUUCGCCAAAUACACAAAUAAUUGUA